CAAAAGAUGACUCGAUUGAAACCAUCUUGCCAAAACUUUGGGCUGAAAACCGUUCAAGCUCUUGUCACUUAGUCACGCAGGUCGGCGGUCACCACACCUGUUACGUCUUGUGUCUAGCAUGCAUGGGAAACCGUGAUCAUCACAUGACAAACUUCAGCACCAGGAUUAGCGAUUAGUGAGCGUAGGCCCUUUGGAAAGUGAACGUUGUUGUUGUCUUCCAAAAUGAUUCGUUCUGUUUAUCUUCUUUUGCUCAGUGCCUUUGCAUCUUCAACAAUCAAGAGAGUUCCGACACUUUCAGAUCCUUUAGCUCUCGAUUAUCAGGAUUAUUUAUCCUGGAAGCUUGAGGAGCUUCAAGUUGAAGAUUACGUGAAAGGUUCGGUUUGGCCGAAACCUCAAGGAGAAACGCCUAAUGGUGAAGUUUAUUCUCUCUCGCCUCAGAAUUUCAAAUUUACAAUAACCGGACAAAGUAGUGAUGUUCUGCAAGAUGCCAUUUCUCGCUACAAAAAGUUGACUUUUCCCGAUAGUGACGAUGGUGACAGCUCUUGUGAAAGAAAAAAAGCUGAAGCGCAAGGCUCGUCAGAGAUAACGCAGCUAACUGUCAAAGUCAUCAACAAGUACGAGAAUCUCACUUUAGAAAGCGACGAAUCAUGUAAGUAUCGUCAGUCACUUCUCCUUUUUUGUUAGCUUGAUAGAGGAGGUUGAUAUGAGGUCUUUUCUUUUACAUCUUUUUUUCAGGUGAUAUCACACAGCUGUAAUUAAUUGGGCUUAUUCAAAAGUAAAAACUUCUAACAAACUUGUUUGGAUUAUUCAUGUUACUCCAGUAGCUUAAAUAUUUUUUUACCGCUGUUUUGAUAGGUUGUUCGUUCGUUUGUUUGUUCUAGCUCAUUGACUAUUGCCUUAAGCUUUAUACCCUGUUGGCAAACAUUCUACUUCAAUUCCACCGAUAUCCUAACCAUGUUUACAUACACAAUUGACAAACAUCAAGGUGCUAGUUACAUAAUUUAUGCUCAAUUGACCAGAGUCUGUAGAUAUAACCACUCUCUUUUGAAAUAGGUUUGUUUAAGUUGGUGUGUAUCAAGGGCCACAAAGAGAGGUUUUUUGGUAAAUGCUUGACAUGUACUGAAGGAUAGUUAAUAAAAUUAUUUAAUGUUUGUUUGAUCGAUAAGUCUGAAAAUACCUGCUUAAAGUUGACAGGUUUUCUAAUUAAAAAUAACUGGUAAAGUAAUAUAAACUUGUGUCAAAAGAAUAAUUAAUAAUUAAUUAAUCAAAAGAAUAAUUAAAUUUGUCUGGUCAUGUGAGAGAAAAGUUGCCUACAAACCCAAACAUACUGUGGCAAUGGGUUAUUCCAGAAAAAUCUCCAACCCCCCUCACACCCGAUGGAAGGCACUUUCCCCCCCUCCUUUCCAUCCAGAUUUCGAAGCCUGCUUGAGGCCCCCCCCCCUCAGGAUUUUCAAGUUCAAGGCCCCCCACCAAAUCCCAUCUGGAUUUCCAUAAGACUUCAAGAUACCAUAACAGGCUUACACAUUUUGCAAAUAAGCUCACAUUUGAGUGAACUUCUCUUUUUUUCUAGAACAGGUGAAGUAAUAUUAUACAGCAAUGUAGACAACAAUACAGCUCAAAACUAACUAUCUACAUGAAUAAAAUCUCCUCUUCUUUGUUGAGAAAAAAUGACUAUGAAAGAAAGAAAGAGGACACUUAGUGGGAUAUUACAUGAUGGGUUAUACGGUUGGCUGCACCUCUUGCCUUUGAAAAUACCACCCAGCUUUCUUGUUAGGUGUGUUUAGUGGUAAAUGACCCUGAAAUAGCAUGGACCUUGGGAGAAUGUUUGAUUCAAAGUAGAAAUCGUUAUUUUUCUAUGAAUUAUGUGAUUUUUGUCAGUAUUUUCAAGUUAUCGCACGUCGCUUCUACAAAAGUAACAAAGGCGAGCUUAUGGAUGGAAACUUUAAAUAAAUGUGGUUAGAGGUGUGUAGUUUGAAAGAAUAAGCAGUUUUUUAAAACUUGUCAAUUGAUUGAAGCAAUGGAAACAGGGAUGAAUGUAAGUCCUGAAGAUGUAGUUUUAGAUUCAUAAUCCAACCUCCCAUCUUGAUUUUUAGAACCGUUAAUCCCCCUUCUCAUGAGAUUUUCCAGCACGCCUUCCAUUUGGGGAGUGUGGAUUUUUUCUGGAAUAACCCAAUACAAAACUAAUGAAAUUGGUUUAAUUAGGUGUUUUGGGGGGAUUUAAUUUUGCCUGUUUAUGUUAUACUAGUCAGGGGGAAAGUGGAUUUUUUCUGGAAUAACCCAAUACAAAACUAAUGAAAUUGGUUUAAUUGGAUAUUUCGUAUCCGUUUUUGGGGGGAUUUAAUUUUGCCUGUUUAUGUUAUACUAGUCAGGGGGAGUGUGGAUUUUUUCCGGAAUAACCCAAUACAAAACUAUAAUGAAAUCGGUUUAAUUGAAUAUUUUGUAUACGUUUUGGGGGGAUUUAAUUUUGCCUGUUUAUGUUAUACUAGUCAGGGGGAGUGUGGAUUUUUUCCGGAAUAACCCAAUACAAAACUAUAAUGAAAUCGGUUUAAUUGGAUAUUUUGUAUACGUUUUUGGGCGAUUUAAUUUUGCCUGUUUAUGUUAUACUAGUCAGGGGGAGUAUGAAUUUUUUGUGGAAUAAUUACCCAAUACAAAACUAAUGAAAUCAGUUUAAUUAAAUAUUUUGUAUACCUUUUGGGGGGAUUUAAUUUUGCCUGUUUAUGUUAUACUAGUCAGGGGGAGUGUGGAUUUUUUCUGGAAUAACCCAAUACAAAGCUAUAAUGAAAUCGGUUUAAUGGGAUAUUUUGUAUACGUUUUGGGGGGAUUUAAUUUUGCCUGUUUAUUUUAUACUAGUCAGGGGGAGUGCGGAUUUUUUCUGGAAUAAGCCAAUACAAAACUAAUGAAAUCCAUUUAACUGGAUAUUUCGUAUACAUUUGUGGGGGAUUUAAUUUUGCCUUUUUAUGUUAUACUAGUCAGGGGGAGUGUGGAUUUUUUCUGGAAUAACCCAAUACAAAACUAAUGAAAUCCGUUUAAUUGGAUAUUUCGUAUACAUUUUUAGGGGAUUUAAUUUUGCCUGGUUAUGUUAUACUAUACUGAUUUCUCCAGUGACCUGUUCUGAGUAGAUUUGAUAUACAACUCUUUAUAUUAUAUGGACCUCCUUUGCCUGAAGCGUACAGCGCAUACAAAAUGUGAUUCAUUUAAAGCUCUGAGAGUCAUUGCAGGCAAAGAACAGAACAUUUUUGUUUUGUUUUUAUUUCAACAUACUUCCACUGAAGAAGAAGGCCAGAGCACCCUUGAAAUGUCUGUUUUUUUUCCCAACAUUUCAAGUGCAUACACUGUAUUUUAGCGAAACUUUGACUCAGAUUAUUGCAUUGCACAGUUUCUUUUGAAUUUUGUUAAUACUCCUCACUAAUAUAAGAUCUGCCAAAGAGAAUUCCCUGCUGUGCCAUAUUUUUUUAGACAAAACUGGACAGUUAUCAAUAAAGGGGAAGUAUUAAUCUCAGCUUGACUAUCUCAAAGAUCCAAACAUACAUGGAACACAAUUUACACUGACCCGCUAAUUAACAAUUAUUCCUUGAGCCCGAAUGGGCUCUGAAUCAAUAGCCCAUGAGGCCGAAGGCAGAAUGGGCUAUUUACUCAGAGGCCAUGAGGGCGAGAGGAGUAAUUUAUUGUUUUAGUAAAAUCCAACUAGUUGGUCUAAAAUAUCGAGAAUAAAAAAAUUUUAGCUAGUUAAAGCUAGACUUUAAUCCUUUUUUACUGCCAAAAAGCCCGCGCUUUUCGCUACUAGUGGGCUAUAACAUAUAGCCUAGUAGUAGCUCAACCAAUCAGAAUGCAGCAUUGAUAAUAGACCACUAGUUGGAUUUUACUUAUAAUGAAUAGCCAGUCUGAGAUAUACGUACCACAGCUGAUUGAUUUUCCACUUAUAUUGUCACAACUCUCUGAUAAUUUAUUUUGUUCCAUUUCAGACCAGUUAGAUGUUAUGUCUCCAACUUCUUCUCUGACUGCAUUCAAUGUGUGGGGAGCACUGCGAGGUAAUAGCUGUAAUUGCGUUAUUGGUCCAAGCUAAUUUUCUGAUUCACUGAGUUGUAAUGUUCCCUGGAAGCUCAGGUGAAUAAUUGCCACCUUAAAGCGGGGGGUUCACGAUGAUGUGCAUGCGCGCCAUGACAGCUUCCAGAAUAAAUCAUAUGGGCCAACACUAAAUUCGAAGGAUAUAUCAACUGUGAAUCCAAAGGAAUCUGUCUUUAAAUUCGCUCAUCUGUUCCUAUAUGUAAGCAAAGUGAAGUCUGCUAUUUCUAAAGUACUCGUGAGUGUAAUUGUUUUGUUUUCGGAGAAAGGCGUUUAGGAAACAAAAAAUCAAUUUCGUCAAUGGUGUCUUGGAAUUAUGAAGCCAUGUCGCAGGCGAUCGACAACAGAACGUUCUCAAGAGUCUUUGGAGAAAGAGAAGCUUAGCCGAUGGAUCUGGUAUAAUGGUUCUAGGAGUUGUGUGUGGCUUACAAAAAGAAUACACCACACUUGGAAAGUGGUAAAAGGCAUGAGUUUGUUCAACUCUGAUUUGAUUUAUGACUCCGACCUGUAGUUAUACAGUAAAGUAUGCAACAGGCCGCGCCAUCUUCACCGAUCUGGUACACUCCUUGAAAUGUUCCUUGUAUCUUUGCUGUAUGAUCGUAUAUGUUUAAGAAUUGAUGUUUUUAAAAUGAAUUAUUGGCUGGAUAUUCUGUUUAUAAUCUGGUUUCUUUAUGCGUUCCACUUGAUAACAUUUGUUUUUUGGAACACUGAUCCGACGCAACAUGUAUGAAUUUGUUUGUUUGCUGAUAAGCAAUUGAAAUUUAUGCUCAAUUUAGGAUAAUCUUUAUACUCAUACGCUGUGUGUUUUUGUCACCAGUCAGGUGCUAUUUGCAGCUAUUUCUAGGUUUAUAUAGGGCGAAUAGAGAGAUCAGUUAUAAAAGGGUUGUUUACAAAUUUUGUUUACCGAUCGGUCACUGCUUUGUUAGCUUGGGAACGUAAAAGACCUGGUAAAAAUACAUGAAGGUAAGUGUUUGUUUCAAAGCAGGACAGCCGGCUGUAAAUCUUAUUCUUUUCGGCAGCAACAUAAUGAGGAAUAGCAAAGAAUGAAUAUAAAUUAUGUGGAUAUACAAAAACAAUGAAUGUGGAUAUAUAAAAAGAAUGAAUUCGAAUUAUGUAAAUUUGCUUGCGUGCAUCUAACUCGCUUCCGGGUGGUUUAAAAACAAUCAGCUACUGUCAGAACCCACACAUGCGCAGUAUCGUGAACCUGCCCCUUUAAGUCAACCACUGAGGAAGUACCCACUACUCUUCCAUUGUAUUUGUAUUUCUCAGCUUUUUGAUUAAAAACAAUUAUUAUAUGGUAUGAAUUUAAAUAUUAAUAUUGACAAAAAUUGCAUGUUACUAAUGCACAGUAUAUAUUCAGGGUCCUUCCCCUGAAUUAAACUUUUCUUAGGGGAAUCCCGUCGACUACCCUUAAUCCUGGCUCUUCUGACUGAAACUUGUUUGCCCUGUUGGAUUUUUCUCCUUCUACAACUUUAAACUUUUCAGGAAAACACUGCUGACUUCAUUUCAGCAAAUGUUAAUGUUGUGCAGCCUUUCCAGUGAACACUAGCACACCAAUAUGAUUAUAUGAUUAUACAGUAUGUGGUGAGAAUUUGCAUAAUUUGCCACAGAUUCAAGUCUACACCUUUUUGUCUACUUCCUGUUCUGUUCCAUUCUUUAUUGAACAAGUAGUUUUAAUGAACAAACAUUUCUUUGAGUUGUUCCAAACAGGCUGUCUACUUUCUGAUCUUUACCCUGGCUAAUAUAGGUUAUUUUAAAAGCAAUAAAAUGCAAAACAUUGCUUUAAUUAUAUUUUUACUAUUAAUGAGUUAAUUUACCUUUUUUAUAUAAAUUUUAUGAAUAUUUAAAAUAGCCCAAAAAAAUCAUUAUUAUUUUUUCCAGGGUUAGAAACAUUUAGUCAGGUUGUUUAUCAGGAUCUAAGUGGUUCUGUAAGUAUAGCAAGAUUAUGUUAUUCACUUGAACCUCUUGUUACACUGGACGAAAAAACGGAUUUGCCUAAGUUUGCUAGUUGAGCAAAUCUAUUGUAAAUUUAGGGUACUAAUGUUGCUACUUAUUUGUUCUUGGUGCAAAUUUUGUUCGAAAGUGAAAGUUUACUUUUCUGCAAGGGUGGCGUAAAUGUGGAGUAAAUUUCAAGUUUACAGAUAGUUUGUUUCACUUUUGCUCCCCAUAGUAAAUUUGGUGUUUAGAUUCAAGUUUGCCACCAUUUUGUUCUGUGUGUAAAAAUCGAACGUCAAAACUGAAUGUUUGCUUGAUAUUUUCUGGCAUAGCAAAGUUACUGUGUAAAUUUAUGGUUACUAGAGGCGUAAAUUUAAGCAAAAUAUGAUCAAAGAACUAUCUUUACGACCACUUUAACCAACGUUUGCACAUUUACCAAACUUCACAGUGUUAUUUCACGCAAGUUUUGAUUUUCCAUUGCAUUUUCCGUUUCAAUCACCAUCACAUUCUUCUCAAAGUUUAUAAUAUUACUUGCUGCAGCUGGUUAUUUCGGGUAAGGCCAUCCCCCUUUUUUUUUCGUUUAGCGUCGAAUGCGUUUCCUGAUAUUGUGUCGGUGGCACGGAAAAAAAUAUCACAAGAAGUCUCGGAAUAGGAGGCCCUGACGUAAAACGUUACCAUUUACAAUUUGGGUGAACAAAAUGCACAAUAUGUGACAGGUUUGAACCCAGGAGUCAUUUCAAUAGUAGAUUGCAGAGUUUCAUCGUCCGGGUGAAUGUAGUCCUGAUUGCACUCCGUCGCAAGAGCAGCCACCAUGUUUGAUGCCCAGGCUUCCAUGUGACUUUGGCACAUGCGCGAUUUGAUUUACAUUGUCACGUGCGGCUUUUGAACCAAUAGAAUAGUGUAAAAUAAACUUUCGUUGAACAGUUCAAAUUCACGCGGACUUCACAAGCGAUACAGCGUUGCAAAACGAGUAGUUUUGUUAUUUUCGGAUAAUAGAAAGCCUGUCUUUCUAUUCAGCUGUUCUAUUACGAUUUAUACCUUUGUUAUUUUCGAGAGACAGUGAUCAGUUGCGAUAUUCUUCACAUAAAGCCUGUUUCCAAGUCAUCAACUCAGCUGGAUUGCAGAAAGGUAUGUUCUUCUUGAUAUCGUGGUUCGUUUACUUACUUUGGUUUUCUAAUAACUUUGCGUAAGCUUAAAACCUCAAAGAUAAAUCUUAAAAUUUAAGAUGCAUGCACAGAUAAUAUGCCAUUGAUUGAUUCCUUUUUGUUUACUGCAGAAAUAACUGUACUCUUUGUUGCGCAUCGUCUUCAUUAAUGGAAUAAUCUUAAGUAGCCGGAUCUUGAGCUGUGCAGGCAAACAUUUCUUUUACACCAAUAUAAAAAGUCGGUGAUGUGACCUUAGCAUGUCCAUAAUUCAGAAAUUUGGCUUGUUGUACAGCUGAGUUAAUAUGUUAGAUCUUUGGGGUUACUGUACUUUUCAGGUGACAGCACUUGACAAGGCAGUGGUCACUAUAAUUUAUUAUUUAAUAUUCUACUACAUUUCAAAUGACAAAUGAUUUCCCUUUUGAAAUUUUUACAGUCAAAAACUCUUGUUUUACAUCUAUACAUAAUUAUGGUUCAGUGAUGUUGUGAAAUCUUAAUUUGGUUCAUUUUGCAAGUGACGGCACAAGUUUGCCAGAUCUUGAAGCAUAUGUGUCAUUCUGAGUGACCAUUGUAUUAUUGUUCCACAUUUAAAUGACAAAUGAUUCUUAUUUCAUAAAUUGUACCAUCCAAAACUCUUAUGGUUUAUACAUAUGGUUCAGUGAUAUUGUGAGAUCUUAAUUUUUUUUCAUUUUGUGAGUGACCGCACUUGCCAGAUCUUGAAGCCUAUGUGUCCCUCUGAGUGACCACCGUAUUAUUGUUCCACAUUUACAUGACAAUUGAUUCUUCUUUCAUAAAUUGUACCAUCCAAAACUCUUAUGGUUUAUACAUAUAGUUUAGUGAUAUUGUGAGAUCUUAAUUUUGGUUCAUUUUUAUGAGUGACGGCAUAUGCCAGAUCUUGAAGCUUAUGUAUCAUUCUGAGUGAGCACCAUAUUAUUGUUCCACAUUUAAAUGGCAAGUGAUUCUUCUUUCACAAAUUGUACCAUCCAAAACUCUUAUGGUUUAUACAUAUGGUUCAGUGAUAUUGUGAGAUCUUAAUUUUGGUUCAUUUUGCGAGUGACGGCGUAUGCCAGAUCUUGAAGCCUAUGUGUCCUUCUGAGUGACCACCAUAUUAUUGUUCCACAUUUAAAUGACAAGUGAUUCUUCUUUCAUAAAUUGUACCAUCCAAAACUCUUAUGCUUUAUACAUAUGGGUCAGUGAUAUUGUGAGAUCUUAAUUUUGGCUCAUUUUGCGAGUGACGGCAUAUGCCAGAUCUUGAAGCCAAUGUGGCAUUCUGAGUGACCACCGUAUUAUUGUUCCACAUCUAAAUGACAAGUGAUUCUUCUUUCAUAAAUUGUACCAUCCAAAACUCUUAUGGUUUAUACAUAUGGUUCAGUGAUAUUGUGAGAUCUUAAUUUUGGUUCAUUUUGCGAAUGACGGCAUUUUUUUCAUUUUGCGAGUGAAGCCGAUGUGUCAUUCGGAGUGACCACCGUAUUAUUGUUCCACAUUUAAAUGACAAGUGAUUCUUCUUUCAUAAAUUGUACCAUCCAAAACUCUCAUGGUUUAUACAUAUGGUUCAGUGAUAUUGUGAGAUCUUAAUUUUGGCUCAUUUUGUGAGUGACGGCAUAUGCCAGAUCUUGAAGCCUAUGUGUCAUUCUGAGUGACCACCGUAUUAUUGUUCCACAUUUAAAUGACAAUUGAUUCUUCUUUCAUAAAUUGUACCAUCCAAAACUCUUUUGGUUUAUACAUAUGGUUCAGUGAUAUUGUGAGAUCUUAAUUUUGGUUCAUUUUGCGAGUAACGGCAUUUUUUUUUUUUUUUUAAAGUGAAGCCUAUGUGUCAUUCUGAGUGACCACCGUAUUUUGUUCCACAUUUAAAUGACAAGUGAUUCUUCUUUCAUAAAUUGUACCAUCCAAAACUCUUAUGGUUUAUACAUAUAGUUUAGUGAUAUUGUGAGAUCUUAAUUUUGGUUCAUUUUGCGAGUGACGGCAUAUGCCAGAUCUUGAAGCUUAUGUAUCAUUCUGAGUGAGCACCAUAUUAUUGUUCCACAUUUAAAUGGCAAGUGAUUCUUCUUUCACAAAUUGUACCAUCCAAAACUCUUAUGGUUUAUACAUAUGGGUCAGUGAUAUUGUGAGAUCUUAAUUUUGGCUCAUUUUGCGAGUGACGGCGUAUGCCAGAUCUUGAAGCCUAUGUGUCCUUCUGAGUGACCACCAUAUUAUUGUUCCACAUUUAAAUGACAAGUGAUUCUUCUUUCAUAAAUUGUACCAUCCAAAACUCUUAUGCUUUAUACAUAUGGGUCAGUGAUAUUGUGAGAUCUUAAUUUUGGCUCAUUUUGCGAGUGACGGCAUAUGCCAGAUCUUGAAGCCAAUGUGGCAUUCUGAGUGACCACCGUAUUAUUGUUCCACAUCUAAAUGACAAGUGAUUCUUCUUUCAUAAAUUGUACCAUCCAAAACUCUUAUGGUUUAUACAUAUGGUUCAGUGAUAUUGUGAGAUCUUAAUUUUGGUUCAUUUUGCGAAUGACGGCAUUUUUUUCAUUUUGCGAGUGAAGCCGAUGUGUCAUUCGGAGUGACCACCGUAUUAUUGUUCCACAUUUAAAUGACAAGUGAUUCUUCUUUCAUAAAUUGUACCAUCCAAAACUCUCAUGGUUUAUACAUAUGGUUCAGUGAUAUUGUGAGAUCUUAAUUUUGGCUCAUUUUGUGAGUGACGGCAUAUGCCAGAUCUUGAAGCCUAUGUGUCAUUCUGAGUGACCACCGUAUUAUUGUUCCACAUUUAAAUGACAAUUGAUUCUUCUUUCAUAAAUUGUACCAUCCAAAACUCUUUUGGUUUAUACAUAUGGUUCAGUGAUAUUGUGAGAUCUUAAUUUUGGUUCAUUUUAUGAGUAACGGCAUUUUUUUCAUUUUAUGAGUGAAGCCUAUGUGUCAUUCUGAGUGACCACCGUAUUUUGUUCCACAUUUAAAUGACAAGUGAUUCUUCUUUCAUAAAUUGUACCAUCCAAAACUCUUAUGGUUUACACAUAUGGUUCAGUGAUAUUGUGAGAUCUUAAUUUUGGUUCAUUUUGCGAGUGACGGCGUAUGCCAGAUCUUGAAGCCUAUGUGUCAUUCUGAGUGACCACCGCAUUAUUGUUCCACAUUUAAAUGAGAAGUGAUUCUUCUUUCAUAAAUUGUACCAUCCAAAACUCUUAUGCUUUAUAAAUAUGGGUCAGUGAUAUUGUGAGAUCUUAAUUUUGGCUCAUUUUGCGAAUGACGGCACUUGCCAGAUCCUGAAGCAUAAGUGUCAUUCCAAGUGACCACUGUAUUACUGUUCCACAUUUUAAACGACAAUACCUCAUUAUUUAUACCUUUUGUACAGCUCAAUGAUGUCGAGGGAUCUUUGUGGGGAUGCACAAUGUGCGAGCCAGCGAGCCAUGCGAGGCAUGCGAGCCAUGCGAGGCAGACACGCGAGGCAUGCAGAAAAUGCGAGGCACGUCGCGAGGCACUGGCAACACGUGAGACAUGAAUUAAGUCGUUCCCAGUUUUUCUUCUCGUCCCUUCUCCUUGGUUCGUACGCGUGGUCUACGCCAUUUUGAUAAUCGGGAAGAGAUUUUGUCUGCUAUCUGUCUUAAUCGUUGCCAUCCUUUUGUAAAGGUACGUGUUUCUAUUUUAUUAUGUUCAAUACAACUUUUAACAACCGAUACGAUAUUAAAGUUUUAUUUAUGGCUUCUAAUUUGAAUGCAUUUGCAUACAUGUAAAUCAAGUAGCUGUAUAUCAUUUCCAUACUAAACAGAUGUCAAACAGACGAUUGCAAACCCUUGUUGAGGCCAGCAAAAGAGGCCUUACCUUACAUUUUGAUCCACCGGUGGUCAAAAACCGAUGCUUCUAUCGCUGUUUAGCGAAGUCCUUGGGAAUGUCAGAAGACCAUGUGGUGGAAAUGCUCGAAUCGUUCAUGAUUUCCAACCAAGUUAUUUCCUGUUUAAACAAGGUAUGAAUCUAUUCACACUAGCCUGAUUUAAGAAAUCGUGCGCUAUCAGAAGAAGUAACUUGUACGCGCACAAAACAUGUCGACGUUAAGUUGCCUGUUUUAUACCUUCGUGAUUGAGGCUUUCGUGGAAAAAUAUUUGGAUUUCGUGUCACAGUGGCUUGUCCAUAAAAACGACAAGAGAAACUUGUUGAGAUUUUUAAAUGUAAGUUUUCUAAUUUUAGAAAGUUUUCCAGUGCUUUAUAGAAGCAACUAUAUGAUAUCAUGUAUUAAAAAAUCAAUUAGAAGCCAAAUUAUGCGGCAAACAAAAAAUGCAUUUUGCAUGCAACAAACACUGAGUUGACUUUGUGCUUCGUUUUGUGAAUUUAAAUGAGUUAUCUCUAAUACGCAAGUUAUAGACGGAAAAGUUAUGAAUAUCUUUGAAAAUGUCACAAUUCUCCAAAGAGAACGUUGCCUGCGCAGUGUUCAUAUUAUCUAUUAGUUUUUAUACGAUCCUGGGGGCGGGGCAUUUGCCAGCUUAUGCGUUCCCCACCCCCUGGGGAAUUUGCCAACAAAAUGCUAAUGCCCCGGGUUAGCCUGGGGGGAUGAGCACUGUUGGAAUUGACUGAUGCAUAUAAGUGAGUUUACCAGAAGGUUUGAAACUCGACCAUCACCCUCACCCCUUUAAUAUUUAACAACUGAACCAAGGCAAAUAUACCCUGAAACAAAGUGAAGGAGAAUAUUUGCAUUGAUUCACUGUGCCCGUGGCGAAUAAUUGUUUUAGUAUAAUUUCAGAGGAGAUUAUCGACUACAAAAUAUUGAAAGAAACACAGAGAAAACACACGCUACAAGAGCUUGCUUGAAUGAAUGUACUCCAGUUCACUAUAGCCUAAUUGAUUGCAAAUCAACUUAACUACCAAUUGUGGCAGUAAAAUGAAGAGCAGUAUUAAAAAAAAUGAUGCUUUUCGAAAAAAAACAAUAAUUUCAUUCAGAAACUGUCCGCCCUGUUUACUCGCCUGCCUUGCGUGGCUAAGUGACCAAGGCUUGAAAUGCUAUAAUCACCUUGGGCCAGGGGGAAUAUAGUCACAUAUGCAUAAAUUCUCUACCAAUCAGAAUGCUUGAUUUCUUAUAAUCACCUCUGAAAUGACAGAAUCUCUUUUCUUACAAAUUGGAAUGUUUUUAUUCAUAGGAUGGUGAAGUUGAAGAAAAGGACUUGUUUCAGUACUUGUCUGACGCAGACUUCCCUAGGCUUGGGAAGAGGCCAUCAUCAUGGCUUCAGGCUGUGGAAGGUCUGCGUAAUGAAAUGACAACACAUAUUGCCAUUCUUUCUGCGGCAGCAUUAUUUGCAUUGAGAUGCACAUUAUUGACUGGGAAGGGGUUAGUCAUUUUGUAUUCUGUUUAAAAUUGAAUAACUCUGGGUAUCCAGUUCCCUAUCUUCAUACUACAUUACCAGUAAUAGCUCUGUCCAUCUAAUUUUGACCUUUCGCUGUGAUUAUGUUCUUAGAGAACAGAAAUUGUGAGAAAUCCAUCUGGCCAAACAUAUGCCAAAAUCUUCUUCGCAUAUACUGGUGACCACUACAUGCUUCUGCGGCCCAGAAAUGAUGCUCCCCAAAUAUCUAAAGCAACUAGUAAGUGAACUUUUUAUAUUUCUUUAGAGAUCUUUUGUCUUGUUUUUUUUUUUUGGAUCAAACUUGUUGUUGCUAUCCUUGUGAUUUGAUAAUACAGUAAAAACCCGCAUAUAAGAACACUUAUUUUAGGAUUCAGGCGAAUCAUGUUCUUAUUUAGCGGAUGCUUAGUGAGAAAUCAGCCUGAAAUUGUUAAAAUUUGUUGUAUGGCUCUUACAGUUUGUAUGGUACAGCACACCAAAGUAUUAUAAUUGCUUUUAAAGGCCAUUUACACUAGAUGCAGUGAUUUUUUUUAACACCAGCAUAAACACAAUCCCCUAUUUAUGCAGAAUAGUUCCAGACAAAAUUUUAUUAUACAGUGUAAUGCUUUGCAUUAGUGAUGUUCCUUGAUAUGCUUGACAGUUAUCACACCAUUAGCUGAUUAUGAAUAUCAUUGUCAGGUACUGAAAAGCAUCGUAAUGCACCUCAGUUUCACCAUGAUGGCCCAGAAGAAUAUAAUCCUGGAGUGAGCAUUUUUAAGGGAACCCCGUUGAAGGUAAGCUACGAGUUCUUGUGUCAUAAAUUAUUCAUUUGCUCUUAAAUGUGAUAAUUUGUUUGUCAAUAUGUGGAUAGUUGACUGAACUAUUGCAAUUUUGCAUUCGUUAUUGUGUUCAGUCCAUUCAGUCAUUUUAAUGCCUUUUUGACAGCUUGAUGCCUCAAAAGGAGCUGCUGAUUGUUUGACUUCUUCGAGCGAUUCAGAGGUUGACAUGGAGCAAGAGUUUCGCACCACUAUGGAUGUUAAAGAGGAAAUUGGUCCAGUUGAAACUACUAGUAUGGUAGGUCAUUUUUUUGUCUUCAGAGGCAUUAUUUAUUAUCUUCCUGGUAAUUUAGUUAUUCCCCUUUUACCACUGGCUGGAAUUCUGUCAUUUAUUUAAGGUGGCUUACUGCUGUCUUUACUGCUAUAAUGCUAUAAUGUUAUGUCUGACAUCAAUGUUGCUCGCACUGACAAAAUUGCAUUAGCAAAUCUCAAAAGAAACAAAAACAACUUUCAACACGUUUUACAGUCUGACUUGUUACCUGGGUCACCCGGACAAAGAUAACCAAUCACAAAGCAGAACAGCAUCUUUUCUUUUCUUUAGCCAAUGAAAUAUUAGAUUGAUUGAUUUUUAAAUAUAACGGUGGCUGUAUAAUUUUGGCUGUACAGUGUGAUUUGUCAACUUUGUCUGGGUGACCACUGUAACAGUAGUCAAACUAAUGUCGUAUACUGUAAAGAAGUGAAAUACAUUCUGGUAGGUGCUUAAACCCAUUAUAGGGAAAUCUAUAUAUCCUUAAAAGUUUACCUUCAUUAUUAUAUUCAUUUACUUUUUUUUUAGGCUCUCCAAAUGUCAUCAUUUUAAGUUCUGGCGAUGAAACCUCAGGCGACCAACUGUUCAACAGAAGGAAGCAUAAAAAGACAAAACAGGUGACAGUUGUAAGCUCGGAUGACGAAAGCUCUAUGGAAAGAGACAGAAAAGAGAAAGAAAGAGGAAGGAAGCGUAAGCGACAACGAAAAAGUUACGGUAACAACGCCUUUUACCACAAGAAUGUUACCUGCAAACUAAAUAAGUAAAACCCAAGAUCCAUACUUACCUUGACCUUGCUUGAUUAUGUUUCAUACAAAGAAGACUGAAAAUACCAGUAUCACCACGGCCCAACCUAUUUUAAAAAGUGUUUACCCUAAUGGGCCACUUGUCUUGUAUGCAGACUUUAACUACCUUUACCUUAUUAAUUUAUAAUAUUUCUUAUUUAUUUAUUUAUUUAUUUAUUUAUUUAUUGCAGGAGGAUGUGCUUGAAGAUUUAGCAAACAGUUUGAGAGGCUUAAGUUCCAAUGAAAACACGCCAACAAAAAAGGUGAAAGUUCUCAAAAUUGAAGAAGAUGAAAGAAAAAGCACCAAGAAAGCUCUUUUUGAUGACAAGUGAGUUUACACAAAUUUAAUGGAAAAUGCUUCAAUUUUGAUUGUUGGAUGGUUACUUAAUGCAGCAGCAAGAGUUUUUGCUUCAGAGAGUUCGAAAGUUAGAUUAUACAGCAUCAUAGGCAUGCACUGCGUGCAGAGAGUUAGAUUAUACAACAUCAUAGGCAUGCAAUGCACACAAAUUAGAUGAGACACAGUGAUCGAACUUUUCUCGUUUUUGAUGUAUCAUUUUGUCCUUUUCAGGGAAGGUAUGCUUAUACAGAAAGGUAACAGGACAUAUCUGAACCAGGAGGAGAUUGAUGACAUGGAAGAUACCAUGGUUAAAGCAGUUCCACCCACUCCCAAUGGCCCAGCUAAAUAUGAAGUCCUGUACAAUGAGAAGGACCCUCUGUCAGCUGUUGCAGAUGACUGGAACUGGGGUCGCGCACAGCCAUGUAAAAGAAAGGAUUUCUGUGAGGGAGGAAGACGCACCUUACAGAUCUGUCAAGGCUCCAUGGAAUGCCCUAAUCUUUCCUGUCCUUUUAAGAAGAUCCACAAAGCAACUAAUAAGGUUGACUUCACUAAGAAGAAAACCUGUUUACAUUGCAAAAGCAGUAGCAUCAGAAAUAAAAUGUUCUGCGCGCAAAAUAUGUGGAAAAUGACAGGUGCCACACAAAAAUGAAAGUGAUUUACAUCGGUGAGCACUCUUGUCAACCAAGGGUACGAGAGAGGAAGCCUGACAAAAGCAAAGUUGAAAAGGUUGUGCGUGUUCGACCCACCAUUACGCCAGGUCAGCUACAAAUGGAGACUGUAAGGGAAGCCCUGUUAAGUGGAAAAAGUGGAGAGGAGGUUGCUGAUGUUGCCAUGCAGUACAGCAACAGAAGGCACCUCCAAUACAUUCAAACUAAAAUGCAAGAAACAACAAGACCUGGCGGAUCAGACAUUGAAGCUGUGCGUGUCUUAAAGGAGGACUUUGCGAAGCGUGGUUUAGACAACAAUUUAAUACUUGAAGUUGGCCAUGACUUUGUCAUUCUUUCUUCCGAAGAGAAAAUUCGUCUUGGGGCCCAUAUAACACUGGGCAUGGUUCAUGAGCCAGUAAGUUUGGAUGGUUGUGAAAGCCAUGCAAAAAAACUACUCAGAGGUUGAAAUGACAACCUAUUAUCCUCUAAUAAGAAGAAACGUUAAGCUUGUCAGUAUGUUUGCCCCAAAGCCUGGCGAGAAUUCGGAUAACGUUGCAAAGAUGGUUUCAUCAUUUGAUGAAGCAGUUAACAAAAUUUUACCUCGUGUGGCUGAAGAGCAUGGCCACAAUCCAGAAGACUUCAGAGGGCGUGGCUUGGAUGCCCAUGCGUAUGUUGGGGAUGAGGGUGGUGCCCUCUGGAGUGGCCUUUGCAAGGCCAAAGGCAACGAUGUCAAAGACAGAACAGUAUCAGACACUUAUCAUGUUAAACAGGACAUACAUCGCCACCAAAAGUACUUCAGGGAUGCAUCUGAUAAGACAUCGUUUUCAAAGAUUAUGUCUGAUGCAAUGAAUGCCCCAACCUCUAUACAGGCAGACGUAGCUGAGAAAGCCCUAGAUAAACUUAUUGCAACAAAGGCAACCGAUAAAAAAGAAGAUGACAAAUUUCAAGAAUUGGUGGUGGAGGAGAAGACUAAGGUGGCAGCGCUGGUGCAAAACAGAUGCAUCAAGUUCUGCGUCAUCUGCAGAAGUCGCAAACUCAAAAUCUAUCAGCGCUUCUGGUUAUCGCAAAAGACUCCUUGAUGUUGUCACGACAGAAUGUUCAUCAGCAAUUUUAGAAGCUGCGGAAAUUAAGCGCCAACAAAUUGGCCUUAAAACGGUGGGACGUGGGCCCUCAAUAGCAGAUCGUGAGGAACAGCAGGAACAAAACUUGUUUCAAGAUCAGCAAGCAUCUGCUGAUGCAGUUCAAUUUGUAGCAGCUAAUGCAGAAUCAUUAUUAGCACAGUCUAAUCCAAUGCAGAGUUUUGGAACGGCAAAAGGCGAUUUUAGAGUCAACACAAGGGACAGCCACAGGUCUGACAAAAGAAAGAAAAAUAGCAAUACUCAAAAACCACCAACCCAAGGAAACAAUUUGGCCACUAAGAAGCAGUUGAAAUACUUCGAAAAGUCAGUUGAAGGAGUAUCUAUGGAUAUUCUUGAAUAUAAAAGUGACAUGACUUCUUUUGAAUUCUGUAUGUUAGAUACUAUGGGAUACUUACAAAAUGUUACUAUCUCCAAGGAGAACACUACUUGCUCGAGCCCUGCAGGAUGCAAAAAAAAAUUUUCAACAUUUAGUGUGGCUGUUGUAUAAAAUCUUUAAUUUUGAGCAGUCCUGUCCAUUGAUCUACAAGCGCAAGUUCUCCAAUGCAGAAUGGGAAAAAGUUAUCGAGGCAUUUCCGCACCGUGUUCCGGUGACAGAUGUCAGCAAAUGCAGCACAGAUAAUCAAGUUUUUCACAUUGACAUCAAGAAAACACGCAAAAGAAGCAAAAUGUGCAACUUGCAAGAACAUAAUUUCGUUUGGUGCUCUCAAGCAAGUACAGAGGGUCCAUACAGAACUAUUCAUUUGACAUGGAUAAAAAGAACGUUCUUCUUCUGUCCACGAAAAGAAUGCAUUUCAAAAUUGCCAAGAAACUGUUAUAUUAAACCAUUUCAAGCUGGUGUAGCUGUGACAUAUGAUCCUGAGUUGACUUCAGAGCAAAAAGCUUUGAUUAAUAUUAAUAAUUAAUACCACUUGUGCUUCUUUUAUUGACUUCAUGCAUUAAUAAAGUUUUGUUUGGAAGAAACAAGGCUUCCUCCAUGGCCCGUAACUUGGUUUCCCCUUCAGCUCUAUUUUGUAUAAAGAUAUAAAUUGUGGAAUGUAAAUACCCCCGGAAGUGAAUGUCACUUAUUACCAUAGCAACAGUAUAACUUGAUGAAAACACCCUCUUUUUUUUUAUUAUUGAGUCAUGAUCAGGUUGAAUUGUAAGGUGGCUCUGAAACUGCUCCUUAGAAUUUUUUAACUUUAUCAUUACUCAAUAAUAAAAAUGGGUCACUGAGUUCGUUUUUUUUUGACCAUUUUAUCUAAAAUUAAGGGUUUAACAGAGUACCUUUGCUAUGGUAACUUGUCAUGUCAAUACAAUAACCAUAAUUUCUUUGUCGGUGAUUGGGAAUUUUUAUGAGUACUGAUUAGUGCUACCUUUGAAAGCCGAAAUACAACUUUAUGUCAGUGAAAACCUAAAAAUACAGGUCAAGUUUUGUUUUAAAUUAUUCUAUUAGUGCUCUAAGAGUAAAAACAAGUGUCUUGGGCUGCGGAUGGGCAGGAUGGAAAUGGAUUGUAAAAAAAUGGGCCAAAAGGGGAGGUGGGGGGGGACUCCACAAAAUGGUUGCUUUGGGUGACUUCUAAUCGUCAUUUAUUGGGUUCCCUUAGUUUCCUGACUUAACUUUGGCCAAGUUUGAUCUCCCGGAGGUAGUUAUGAAAGAAAAACCAAUCACAUCAUCCGUACCACAGAUUUUUUGCACUCUUGGUGUUUGUUUUCUGGUCACGUGACCUGUUUUCUGAACACCUCGUUGAAAUAUUGUCCAACCAGUUAGCGUGAUUCUCAGACGGUCCGGAGAAAGAGUGCUGGACACGAGCGAACUAGACCGCGUAAUCUCAUGCCUUCUUACAUGAAGUCGCUUUCGUCGCGAGCUAUUAAUUACUAUUUUUUUUUUUCAUAUUAAGCUUGCCUCGCAUGCCUCGCAUGUCUGGCUCGCAUGCCUCGCAUGGCUCGCACGCCUCGCACGUCUGCCUCGCAUGGCUCGCAUGCCUCGCUGGCUCGCAUAUUGUAUACUCUCAUCUUUGUUAGUUCAUUUUGCAAGUAAAUGCUUUGGCUUUAUCAUGCCAAAUAACCACAAUUAAUCAAUUAUUGUUCUAAGCAACAUGUGGGUUGCCUUAAUGUUACGUUUCUCAGGUUCUGACCGGUUUUACGGUUUAUGUGUACAGUUGAGUCAUGGUUGUGCUCUGUUAGAGCCUGGUGACCUGUGGGACACUAUCAGUUCUGCUCUUGAAUGACAGGGGAAUUAAUUUAUUUCAGUCUUUAUUUACACUUAAAAGAGUCUUAAUGAAACAAAUGCAGAUUCAACAGAAAGAGGCAUUUCUGCUCUCUACUUUAACACCUGUUCCAAAAAACAUAUUAUAUAUUUAAUGAAAAAGUUAGUAGGAAUAAAAUGCGGGGAGAAAUUUUUCUCACAAAUAUCCUCAAACUGUUCCUUUGAUUAAGAGAGUGUUUUCAGCUUUUAGCAUUGUGUCAUUGUUCUGCAACCCAAUCAUUUACACUGAGUAUGAGCAGUACAUGCUUGUUUACCAACUGUGGGUUACUUGUUGGCUGCUAAAUCAUGGUUCGUCAUAUUUCUUUCAGAAAAAAAAAAUAAAAAGGCCAAUAUGCUCUGAGGGAGUCAACUAGCAUCAGUUAGUCAGACAAGGACAAGUACCUUGCAUGUAUGUCCUUUGCAUAUAUGUCAUCAGAGGAGUCUUUGUCUGAAACAGCUGUAUCAGAGUGGCAUGAAGGUAAUUCUUCAGGUUCAGAUGAGGACCUCCCAAACAGGGAAAAUCUCUGUGUAAGGCCACUUUCCUGGCAGAGCAUUGAGGUUAAUGGUUUAAUGGCCCAGUUGGACCGCAAAGUUGCAUGGUGUCAAAGUCAAUGAAGUGAAAAUAAUGGUAAUAGAGCACACAGUGAGACCAGCAUCAAAUCAAGGAGCACCAGACGAUGCUCCUGAGUUUGCUCUGGCACCCACCACUUACAAUAGAAAAAGGAACUUGAUCAUAAGCAUAACACAUAAUUUUUCGAAGAACAUUCAGAAAAGAAGAAGACAUUUUAGAUAAAAAUGUACAAAAUAAUAAUAACACUCAAGUUGAAGUUGACAUGCAUCAUGAUUCAGUUCCUUUUCAGUUAAGUUCCUAGAACCAUAUUAAAUUACUCAGUAGACAAUUGCACAAUUUUUUGAGUUUUGAUGAAGACCUACAAUGUAGUAAGUGAAUAUCCUUUGACACCCAUGGGAAGGAGCCAUGUUAAAACUAGGUAAAUUACCAAAUCUCAAAGUGAUUUGUCACAAUCCAAUGAAGAUCUUGCCUGUGUUGCAGACACUCUAAACCUUCUGUAUAGAGCAUGCCGUCUGAGAAUUAGUGCACAAUAUCAUGUUUGAAUCCCACUGCGUCACAAAGACAUGCAUGUAUGUCAGCAUUUUGUGAUUGGCUAGGUUCUUACGCUGUUUGUGAUUAGUCCGAUUUGAAAUAAAGUGUUGACACAAAGUCACAUAAUCUCAAUGACCUUUGUAUGGUAUGGUGGAGCCACAAACUUUCCCUUACCAGACAAAUGUCUGCAAAAUUUGCCAUCUUUGCAGAGCUGUCCUUGUUAGUUUGCACGAAUCACUCUGUAACUUGGCAACUUUACUGAAUUUUAAAACCUUCCAUCUAGUAGCCUGUAAAUGCAGCUGUAUUUUCAGUCAUCGUGUCCAUUCACCCAACAUAUGUAAUUGGAGAUACAUCUGCAUCCACUUUCCGCAGUGGUGACAAAUCCUAGGGCUACCCUAAGCACUGCCUUAAAAAGUGCCACUCCGAGGACUAAAUCUAGCCAAUACACCCCAUAGUAGAGUAAUUACUGGACUCCAAAUGCCAUGAUCCUAUUUUGUUCUUGGCAUAUUUUAUGAAAAAAAGAGUGCAGUUAUGUUUUAUGCAAAAAAAAAAAAAUACCGUGUGUGAUAACAGUUUUUUUGAUAAGCAUGGCUUAAAUUUUAAUCACCUGCAUGCCAAUAACAAUAAUAAUGAUGAUGAAUUAAAGAAGUUCUACAGAGCUUUCAUAGUGUAUAGAUUGUGUUUGGAUAAUUUGGAUAUUUAAUCAGUCCAAUACUGCAAGCAAAACAGCUGAUCAUGUGAAUCAGAAAAUAAUUGCUCAAAUUUUUAGCAAAUAAUUUGAUUUUAGUAAAAAAAAACAAAUGUAAUAAAUUAUUUAUGGUCAUAUAAUAAUACAAGAAUUUCACCAAAUCAUAUUAUUUACAGUGAUAUAAUAAUAAUAAUAGUAAUAAUAAUAAUACAAGUAUUUAACCAAAUCAGUGGAUAGCAGAUUUGCUUUCAUAACUUGAAAAGCUUUUGGCUACCUAUAGGAUGAGAGUAAAAUUGGGGUGUCAUUUCAUGCUAGUUUUAGAGGUUUAGCAGUAAAUAAAGCACCUGUAAAAUAAAAUACAUGUACAUGCUAAAAAGGUGACAAAAUUAACCUUAUAAGUGUUUACUGCUGGGUAGAAAUAUAUCAAAGUCGUACCCAAAUCAUAGAAAUGCACAGAGCUUUCGAUAGUAACUCAUUUUAUUUACAAGAAAUAUUUUUAUAUAACUGAUUUGGUUAAAAAAUGAAUCAUACAGAUGUAUCUCCCUUGGGGUAAGUGAAUAGCACUAGGUACACUAUAUGAUAUUAUUCACUGCCUAUUUUGGGUAGUGGAUAAUAUUUAUCAGAUGAAAACAAGUUCUUAUAAAUAAUAAUUAGAGGAAUAUAAACAUCAUAAUAAUUUGAGGCUAAUUUUAUUUCCUGUGGUUGAUGUUCUGUUCGUUAGUAAGGAUGUCACAUCUACAUUGGGAGUGAUGUGUACUUGUUGUCAUCGUACAACCAUUUGCCAAUAGUAUCAAUUGAAUCUAGAAAGAGUAUAUUUGAAGUAUACCACUCAAAUGGAGUUACGUUUUACCUGUACCAACCUUAGAUAAUUAUGAACCAUCUAGUGUUGACUUGCACUUUCAAACCCAAUGUACAUUCUUAUACACUUAUGAAUUUAGAUAGUUUCACAUUGUAUGUGCUUUUUAUUUAAAGGCAUAUAUUUUGUGGUACAUGCAGUGCCCUGCAGAGGUCAAUGGAACUUUCUUUUAAUUUAUCUUGCUUUUUAUUGUACAGUGUAUAUUAAAGAUAAUAAAGUCAUUUUAUUCUUGAAAUUUUGUUUGGUGUCUUAAUUGUUUGUGAGUCAUUUAUGGUACCAAAUGAAAAUAAGAAACAUCUGGAUAAUGAUGUUUUGAUCAAAUUUGCUAUCUUGAGUGAAAGUGUAAAAAAGUGAUAUUUUAAUCAACUUUGUUUACCUUACUUUAAGUAUGGAAAACUGCUAUCAUGGCAAUAUUUGCCAUCCUGAGCAAAGAUACAGAAGAACUGAUAUUUGAUCAACUUUGCUACAAUGGGGAAAAGUAUGGGAAACUACUGUUUUGAUCAUAUCUGCCAUCCUGAGCAAACUUGAGAAAAAAGUGGUAUUUGGCCAAAUUUGCUACCCUGAGCAAAACAGUGGCAAACGUGAAUUUUUGCUCAGAUUUACUAUCCUGGGCAAAACUGUUGAAAAAUGAUCGCUUUUGCCCAUUUGGGCAAAAACCUGACAAAUGUCAGUUUUGCUAUCAAGUUUGACACCCCUGUAAAUGCCUUGAUAAAGUAAAGGUUAUCCUUGUUUUUACACACGGGGCAAAUUUGAGGCAAAUUCGGCAUUUACCACCUUUGCCACUGAUGCAAAAUUAUGGCAAAGUUGGUCCUAUGUCAUGUGGCAAAAUUGAGCAAAAUUAAGCAAAUGUGGGAUUUGCAGAUGAUUUGCUCCAAAUUUGCUAUAGAGGUAAAUCCGUUUUUUCGUCCAGUGUUAGUUAUUUAAGGCUGUUUUUUUGGUAUUUUAUCAUGCUCUUUUUGAGUGGUUCCUCCGGCACAGUAUGACAGUGUCCAUGUCAGAGAAACUGUUAGGUGUAACAGGCAAGAAACAGUCUGUUAACGUUUCAUAUUUUGGAAUUUUUUUUAUGAGGCAGAGACUCUAAUCCUCCCGCAAAGAAAUUCCCCAGUCUGGAUUAACUGAAGAAGCAACUCUCAUCCAAGACCUCCUGUACCAGGGCACUGCUGAUUGUCAAACAUAGGCUUUGUCCCCACUUAAGUCCCUGCAUUUCCCAGGUUGUGGAGGUGGGGGGAGGGAUUUACAUCGAUUGGUGCAUAAGUUAACAGCAAAUUCAUCUUGGUAAAUAAAUGAAACUAUUACUAAAAAUGGAAAGUAGAAAACCACUAUUAGCUAGUUAGCUUUGAAGUGUUAAUACAAAUGUAGCUUAGACUGAGUAUUUCUCUUGUUAGAUUUUUGUUGCAUUGGUAUUAUACACUGUACUUAACCGUGGUUAAAGAAAAUUAAUAUGUCGCUUAAAAUGUGUAGACCAGGAACAAUGAGACAUCAAGGAUUAAUAGAAAUAUGUCAUAUGCAAGGGAAAUUCAAAGUUAGCUUGCAUCAUGAAUCAUGUUUAUCAAGAGCUGCUCACACUGAUGCAAAUCCCAGAAUUACUUUUUCGUAGACAUGGUGAAAACUUCUAAUUUAUUACUCUCUAUAACUAGAGAGAUCUCUGAAGGAACGUAAAAUGCCUUAAGGUGCCAUGCCAUGAACACUGGCAACCUUGUAAACCUAAUUUGCAAUUAGGCUUUUUUUUUGCGGGGGAAGCAAGAAAGUUGGCAGACGGAGAAAGAAAAAAAGGACGCCUGAUACAUUUACUUUGCGAGUCGUCUGGUGCUCCCUAUUUAAGGUAUCUUUCAACAUUUGUGUCAUCAUGUCGGAUUUUACCGGAAAUUUAAGUGUUUUGCAACAAAGCCAAGGCAGCUAAUAAUAUUGAGGUAAGCGGUGAAUAUGGUAAGUUGAUACAGUAGCGUUAUCAAAAACAUCACAGAUUAUACUGAAUUCAUUGAAAACCGUCGUGGAACAACAGAAUUCUGUAUUUUACUGUGAGUGUUCAAAGUACAUAGGAAUUGAUUUUACGGCAAAAAAUCUGUCAUGAUCUUUCAUCAUUUUGCAUAAGUGUACUAGGUGUAAAAUCGUCAUUUGUUUUACACAGUUCCACGAAGUUGAAUUCGAUUGGGAACGGACAAGAAAAUCAAAGACAAGGCUCUUGACUUAAAUUCUGCCUCAUCCAAGCAAGAAGGUGUCAAAGAAGAAAUGGCAGAUAUACUUACCAGUGAUAAAUAACAACUCGUCCUCAUGCAUCAGCCGACAAGGCUUUUCUCUCUGCAUUGUUGCCUUGAUUCACUGAAAACAAGUUUUUUUUCCUACCUUAACCCUAAGCUGGCUGAUAAAUUAAUUUAUUUCCUCAAUCACCUCGUGGUUUCUGUCAUGAAGAGAUGAAGGGCAAACCUGUCGUAUUGCACCAGAAGUCAGAUUAGUUGUCUGUAACCAAUCGGUGCAGGGCUCCAAAAACUCUUUUGUUUUUCGACCCGUCAGACAAAAGUCCAGAUUUUGGGCUACGGGCAGAUUACGUGUAGAGUGAACAUAUCAGGCAUCCUAGAGAGAACGUUGAAUUGCAGUUCCACAAACCCAUCAGGUGGCAUCAUUCAUUGUUUAUACCUUUCAGGCGACCACGUUGUUUUAAUCAGAUAUAUAUCUAUGACACUACAUGUAAAAUUAUGUGCAUGUAAAGUAUCGGUAGACAGGAAUUUCAAUUUUUGUUUAAAUGUUGAGGUGCAUGACUACCUGAAAGCUGAUGCUGUCACCACAUUUUGAUUUUUUUAAAUCUGCUUUACUUAAAAGUAUGUUGCCAAUGGGACCAAGAUUGUUGACUAUCCACGGUUUCAUCACAGGGGAUUUCUGAUUGACACCUCAAGACACUAUAUAAAUGUCCCAGUAAUUCUCAAGUUCUUGGUAAGUAAACUCAAGACGUUAUAUGUCACACAAAGCCAAGAAAGUUAAUGUUAUUUACGGUGGUUGAAAGUAAAUGAGAGUUCCAAGAGCUGAUAAAUUUUUGCCCCUCCUCAGGUUCCCACUUAAUUGGAAACUUUCAGUUUGAAUUAAAAUCUGGAAUUAUGUUUUUCAAGAGAGAGAGAUGGAGAGGGAACAUUAAAAAGCAGUUGAGAUUUUGUACCUUUGCAAAAAAAUUGUCACUAACCAGGGAAGGGAACAAACAAUUUAUCUGCAUUGUUGGUAGACAAUAAAUUGCCAUCACCAUGAUCACAUCUCUGCUCCAAGAGUUCUUUAAAAGUUACAGGAAAGAAUAAUGCUUCUCUCUCAUCAGAUUGCUGGAUUGUGACCUAUGGGGAAAUUUAUUUGACGUAGCAAUUAGCUUUUAAUUUUUUAUGAAUGUUUGAUUUCUAACUUUUAAGAAUAAAAAUCAACGAUAAAAAUUUUGAAUUAUGACGUUUCGAUGGCUCGCUCAUCAUUUUCAAAUUCUAAAAAGUUACAUUGUUAAAAGUUCUCUAUAUAUUAAGAAUGCGUGUGAAGUCUCGUUGCACGUGAUUAAAAACUACAAUGUGGAAUGUAGUGAGUGUUAAUUAGGUACUAAAUAGUUUCGCUUUUAUUGAGUCUGAUUGAGUGUUCAGUUUGGGUUUCUUUUCCUGGAUAAAAAGCAUUUCGUAGAUCAAGCAUUCAAAUUUCCCACGACAUUUCUUCAGUAUAGUGAAUUUUUAUCGUUGAUUUUUAUUCUUAAAUGUUUAUCGAAAGCAUCUGUUAUUGAUUUCUAACUGCCUUGAUUUUACGUAUCAGGAUGCUUUGUCAUACAGCAAGUUCAAUGUUCUUCAUUGGCAUAUUGUUGAUGAUCAGUCAUUUCCUUAUGUCAGUGAAAAAUUCCCAGAGCUCAGUAACGUAGUAAGUAACAUGAUAAGUUUAUGUUAUGUCCCCUUGUCCCCUGCUCCUCUAGAGCAAAGGAAACUACUGUAUCGAGUCCAGUUUCCAAUGGCCAGCCAAUUUUGUUUUUGUUGGGUAUAUCAUUAUUGUGAUUAUACAGCUGUACAUGUAUGUGACAAAAUUGGUCAUCUUUUUCUUUAAUUAUUUUUGGGUGGCUUUAUACUGAUUUCUUUUUUUCUUUGGAGCAUUUGUGGUUUUUGUACAUAUCUCCCAACUUCUGGGUUGAUUUAUGCCAUCUGUGUUUUUUUGUUGGUUUUGUUGUUGUUGGAAUUAUGUUCCCGUUCUCUCUGCAAGUUCUGCUUGUUGUCGUUUGGUUCAUGACCAUCCGUUUUCUUUAUGUAUUGGUUGGUCCAGUAUAUCUAAGUCAGGUCUGAUACGCCAUUUCCUGAGUAAUCCUAGGAACCUUGUCCAUUUCUUCUGUUUCUUGUGUUUUGUUUUUUGCUAUUUAAUCAUUGUUCUGGUUUGGUGCCAUCCAGUAUAUUUUUGUUUGAUGGGUUGUUUUUGUCUGCAUAGAGCAUUUUUAGUGACACAUGUACAGGAACUGACUGGAAAAAAAAUUCACCAUCACAUUAUUUUCUACCAUUGUGGAUAAGCGCUUAUCAAUUUUCCAAUUCUAACAGUAUGCAGGAUGUUUGUCAAAUAAACCUUAGGUUUUAAUUUGUAGUGGCCUUAAGGCCGAUUAUGAUUUUUGCUUAUGACUAUCAUGCGCAACUAGCAUAUGUCAUGACUUUCGACCAUCGUCACGCGCACAAUUUUUACUCAGGACAUCCACAGUGUCGUACGGUCUAAUUUACAUGACGCGAUCUGCUGUGAGGUCAGGACACAUGCUAGUCGCACAUGAUAUUCGUAAGCAGAAAUCCUACCACCUAAAUCUGCCUUAAGCUCCCACAAGUCUCCUCUAGGUUGGUGGUAGCGCAUCUGGACUAGUAACCAGGAGGUCUUAGGUUGCCACUGCCGUGUUAAUGACUAAAAAAAAAAACAUAUCUAUGAUAGGCAGUGUGACAGUCUAUGAUAUUAAAAUAAGGGACUGACAACUUGUUACUUUCAGGGAGCUUGGAAUAACAAAACGCACAUUUAUACCAAAGAUGACAUUGCUAUGAUCUUAGAGUAUGCAAGGUUAAGAGGAAUUCGAGUGGUUCCAGAGUUUGAUACACCUGUAAGUGUAUAUUUAAUAUUAUUGGUGUCUGAGUUGUAGUAUGAAUUAUGGACACAUCGACAUACUUAUGUUUUUUGUCCUUAAAAUUUUGAAUUAAUGUUCUUUUCUUUGCAAAGAUUUUGUCUUUGGACUUCAUCAAGUGUAGCAUUCAGUUUUGGAAAGACAAUAUUAUUUUACAAUUGACCUUUUAGCUACCAAGACUGUUUAGCUUAGAUUAUUUAUGUCUUCAAGGGGCACACAUUUUCAUGGAGGAGCAUUCCUGAUCUGUUGACACCAUGUUAUUCACAAGGAAAACCUUCGGGGUAAGAAAUCAUCUUCUCUUUUUGUGGCUUUUCAAUAAGAAUAUUGUCAGUAAGUUCCAAGUAGAAUGUCUUCUCAGGACGUUUUGCUGUCUGUAAUAGUUCAUGUUGUGUAUAUUUGUGUGUAAUUUGAAAGGAUAAUAAUAAUAAAAAAAACAUGAUUCAUAUUUUGCGGCUGUCCAAGGUUUAUUCCAUCCCUAUACACUGUAAAGUGUCUAAGCUCUAUUUAUUGGCCUGUUACUAGCCAGGACCCGGUUGUUCAAACAUUGGAUAGGUCUAUUGGAUAAAUCACUAUCCAGCAGGGCCCAGUUGUUUGAAGGCUGAUUAGCGCGCAACCCAGGGUUAAAUUUAACCCGGGUUUCUUUUUCUUGUGUUCAAAAGCAUUUUCUUGGAUAAUUUCUGUCCUAUUUUUAGAGCUUCCAAUCAUCAACUUGUAGACAAAAAGAAUUAAAACUGAAAUGCCUUCUAAGCUUUUGAAUCUGAAUUCAAUCUCAGUCGCACUAACCCUGGGUUAUCUUAACCCAGCUUUGAACAACUCGGCCCAGAUAUGUUAUAGGGAAACCAGUUGCGUUACCUUCUGGAUAGAGAUUUAUCCAGUGCAUAAUGUUAUUUACCUUUUGAACAACUCAAGGGCCAGGGUUCCAACAGACAAAUCACUAUUAACAGAGCAUCUAACGUAAGAUGAGAUCUUGCUACCACUAAAGGAAAGACAAUGAAAUUCAGGGGUGGAUCAGAAAAUUCAAAAAUGGUUGGAGAGGGUUUGGGACACUUGCCAGCUAUAUAUACAUACUAUUUAUUUACUGUAUCUUUAGAAAUAAUACAAAAUUUCCAGAAAAGGUGCGGGGGAAGGUGGGAGGUCCCUUGGAACACUCCUAAUUCCACCCAUGAAAUUAUUGUCAGGUUGACAGUUACUUUAUUACCAUCGUCAUGUUGUUUACAGCCUGUGCUUUUUAACAGGGGUUACGGACCUAUCAAUCCAAUUAUUGAUAGCAACUAUGAAUUCCUGGCAGAGUUCUUUCAAGAAGUGGUCAGCAGAUUUCCAGACAAAUAUCUACACCUGGGAGGUGACGAGGUUCCCUUUAGCUGCUGGUAAGCUGGUAUUGUGUUCUUAACACAGUGUUGAACUGUACUUGUCUAAUAGACUUUAUUUUUCUCAAAAGGUGAUUGAUUAAUAAACUGUCCUCAGUGCAGCAUUCUUCAUGUAUUUUGAGAUUUCUUCUAAAACAAUUAUUUUUUGAAAAAUUGAAAUGUCAGCUGAAUUUGGCUGUAAGGUUGCUUGCCCUCCUCUUGGCUUACCGUAUUUAUUCGAUUAACCGCCCUGGGCGCUUAUUAAGUUUUUGGACCUUGAGAGUGGGUGCUUAUUAGAGGUGGGCGCUUAUUUGAGGCUGGGCGCUUAUUAAAUUUUCACCACGUUAAGCAAGUGAAGUAUGUUUAUUUUGCAACAAAACAAUAAAUGCUAAUAACAAAACGCGAAGAAGUAACAAAGCAAAGUUUCUGUAAAAUACUCUGAAGAAAACUCUGUUCUCGGGGAAGUCUCUUAUUAGAAUUUAUUCACUCAAGUGGGUGGGGUGGGGGUGGGCACUUAUUUGAGUUUGAUUGGGAGGAAGAGGGGGUGGGCGCUUAUUCAAGGCUGGGCGCUUAUUAACUUUUUCGGCCUUUAGGAUGGGCGCUUAUUCGAGGUGGGCGCUAAUUCGAGGUUGGGCGCUUAUUCGAAUAAAUACGGUAUGUAAGCAAUUAAUCUGAUUUGGAAAGCAAACAGAAGCCCAAAGUUACAACCAGUUACAAAGAUGCUUGAAACACUGAACCUUACUUGAGCUUAAAUGACCUGUUCAAGAUGUUGGUUUUGUGGUCCCCGCUUCUUGCCUUGUCAAAGUUACUCACAAGAAACUAUGAGAAACAAUGGUGAAUGGAGGAGAGGAAGAGUAUGGGUGUUUUUAUCUCACGUAUGUGUGAAUAUCUUUAAUAUGAAGUAAAAAAGACAUUUUUUCUUCUGAGUCUCGACGUUUUUCAUGGCUGCUUAAAGUUGAAGUUUGUAUUUGUUUGCAACAUGUUGUUAGUUCGCAGUUACAGAUUGGUCUGCAGUGGCAGAGGACUGAAACAAGGAAAUGUUUAUGAAUUUAAAAAUUUGGGAAUGUUGGUUUUACUUUUGAUUGGUUGAGAAAGUGGUGCCAGUUUCGUCAGCCAAUGACAAAGUGUUAAAUGAACUUAUCAGUCCUCAAAGCACAUAAUUAUAUGUAGUCAUAUUCUGUGAGAUAAAUGGAGAGCUUGCUUGUAGACUAAUGUACAUUCGAAAGCUUAGGAAAAACACAUGUCGGCUAUUCAAAUGGUUUUGAUUUUAUUCUGAUCGGUUGAGAAAAUGGUGCAAGAUUUCUCAGCAAAGCAUAGUGGUAGAAAACCAGAGCAAACUAUUGCCUGCAGUACACAGGGUUCAUUUUGACGAUGUUGGCUUUGUUAUUAGGCAGAGUAAUCCUGAUAUUAUAGAGUGGAUGGACAAGAUGGGCUUCAAACAAAAUUACUCGUUAUUGGAACAAUACUACGAACAGAAGUAAGUCAAAAUAUUUUUGUUUUUUAAUUUGGUUUUUGUUGCUGUUGUUGGUACUUUCAGCAAUUCUUACCAGUUCCAGAUAAUUAAUGCAAUUAAAAAAUUACAAACUAAAAUUUCCAAUAAAAUGCCCUUUUGACGGCCUUUAUCAGCAAGCAAGUAAGGUCGUGACUAGUUAAAGUCAUUUUCAGGGUUUUCAAGGCCGUAGCUAGAAAUUUUUGACAGCUGGGGGACAAUAAAGCAAAGUCUGGAGCUAUGCUCUUUCAGAAAAUUUUGUAGUGAAUGGCGGUUCUCGUACAUUCUCUCCAACAGCUUCUGUUUUCGUUUCGCCUUGCCUGCUGAAAUGUUAUUACAACGCGAAACGAAAAUUGAACUUUAUCUCAGGUUAUAAUGAAUGCAGAGACUUGGAAAUACUAAUUUUCAUAGAUAUUCCGUCAUAAGUAAAGUUAAUCAGUCAUAGUUUAAUAGGAUAGGUAUUUUUAGUGCUUAAGGUUUGGUAAACUAUUGAUACAUCACUAUCUGAUCAGAUAAGUCUAGGUUUAUCUCCAAAUGGAUUAAUUUCCUUCUAAAAUAUCGUCAUCAGUCAAUUGCACUGUAGUUAUACACAUGGAACUGAGUUAAAAAUGAGACCAGGUUCGGUCACUCGUGCCAGUUUCGUUUCACGUGGUAAAUGACCCCAGAUUCCGGUAUGUGAUCCAUUCCACGAUGAAUGAGGAACAUCCCUAGGCCACUUAAGGGUUCCUCAUUCAUUGUGAAAUUUGACAGGCCUCAGAACAAAAAAGAGCGUUCACAAGAAUCACUUCCCAUGGGUGUAGUAAAAGAAUGGUAAGGAUCUUGUGUGAAUGGCUGGAAAUGUCUGAGAAUUUUAAACAGCUAUUAAAAGGGCUGAAUUUGCAGUUUGUGGCCGUUCUUUGAAGGGAAUAUUUUUGUGGUACUUUUUCCACUUUUCAAUCUCUACUGAGAAAUAAGAGGUUCCGGAAUUGUGAGGAACUUCUUGUAAUAUUUGAGGAUUUUACUUUGAUCGCGGUUCUCAAUGCUCAUUGCCGUCGACAGUCUGUCUUGCAAGUAUCAAACCUUGAUUGCGUUGUGAAAAUCUGGUGUCAAUUUCGAUUCUUAGACCUCAUGGUCAACAAACGGAAAGAACACUUAAACUUUGUAGUAGUUACUUGUAGGCUGGUCAGAGUUGGACCCUAAAUUAGCACGAUCUCGCUGUACGUUAGCAGUACGUGGUUUUCGUUCUUCAUGAGUUUACCAGUUGUUCAUACGCGUGGGUCUCCAAUUAUGCUCUUGUUUUACAUUUGUAGUCUAGUUUUUGAAAACUAGUGAUGAACGGUUACAUAUUGUUCAGCUUUUGCAACUAGUUAAGGAGAAUAGGACCCAUCUCUGUUCUUAUUCAACUUGGCGAACAACCCAUUUCAACAUUCAAAAUGGCAUUAUACAGUUUCCAGUGUUUGUUGAAGAACAGUUAUAUUUGGUCAUCAGCAAAUAAUUCGUGUAUUGCACUGGGUGUCACUCAUUUAAUCAAAAAUCGUUCUCUCUACUUGAUUUAAGGUUGCUGAAGAUAGUUGGCGGUCUAGGUAGAGAGUAUAUCAUCUGGCAGGAGGUUGUAGACAAUAAUGUGCAGGUCCUACCCGACACAGUCGUCAAUGUAUGGAAAGGUGGAUGGCAAAGUGAGAUGGCUAAAGUCACUGGGAAGGGUUUGAAGGCCAUUCUGUCAUCCUGUUGGUACUUAAACUACAUUUCAUAUGGUCAAGACUGGGAUAAGGUACGAUGUAUGUAAGCACUUACUAUCCCGAGACUGCUGUCUACUAACUGCAGGAUUUGUUUAACCAGAAAUAUCCGGUCAACUUGUUUAACCCUGAAGUAUCGUAUAAUGUUUAACAUGCUUCCAAACUUUUUUUACAGUGAAAUCCCGCCUUACGGCCACUUUUUUUGGCCGCGUGGUAAAAACCGCCGUACAUUUUCUUGUAAAAAAAAAAACCGUCAUUGAUACGGCUACCCCGUUAAUACUGCCAGAUUUUUUUGCGGCAUUGUUGACCGUAUUAACGGGGGUCCACUUUAUGUAAAAUAUGUAUAAAUGUGAUACAGUUGGGAUAUAACCACGCCUUAACCCUUUAAGUCCCAAUAGUGACCAAGAACAAUUUUCUCCUAACAAUAUCCAUACACUGUCAAGAGAUAAUGCACCUAUCAAUGUAAAUCCCGUGGGGGGGAGUGCGGGCAAGGGGAGGGGAUUUGAUGCCUGAGACUAUCCCCAUGUCGGGCUUUUGAUCGUGAAGCGACCCCGGGGACGGGACAUUUGACUUUGACCGAUAGAAGCCUGGUAUCAAUUCAGAAGCGGUUACCAAGUCCGUCCCUAGAGGCUUUCUGAAAGUCACGCUGUUGGAGAAAGGUAUAGAUAGAUAGAUAGAAACUUUAGUAAAGUGUCAAAGCUGUCUAGCCAGGGAAAAAAGAAUCCCUUACUAAUUUGGGGACACCAAAAAGCCGAAGUAUGAAGUUUUCAUUUGUUUUAAUCGCCAUAAUCCGAUACUUUACACUGUCAUCUAAACAGAUAAUGUCUAUUUUGAGAAAGUUUUUAUCUUCAAGUUCCCAUCUGAUUGUAAACCUCGAUUGAAAUCGAAUUUUACCAUGAAAGUCAGAGGAUUUUUUACGGGUCACUGAUCCGACCUGUUCCGACAUGUUGAGCAGAUGUUAUAAAGCAUUUUACGUUUCAUUAAUAUAAUAGCACGGUCAAUCUUCCUGGAGCGAUUAUGUGGUUCAAAAUAAGAGAUGCUAGUAGAGAGAGAAAAUGCUUUAUUACAGCAAGUAAUUUAACGGAACUUACGUUAACCUUAAAUAAAAGCAGUAAGAACGUACUUUUGAAAUGUUCUUUUAUUCGUUUUAUAUAGUAUUAUAGUAUUGUUUAUUUAGAUUUUUCCCCCGGGGUGGGGGCUUUUUUGACACUUUUGAUUGACCUUUCGUUUCCCACCCUGGGGAAUUUGAUCAAAAAAUUUUAAAAUUUGUCAAAUCCCCACCCCUUGCCCGCACUCCCCCUCCCCCCCCCACGGGGUUUACUUUGAUAGGUGCAUAAGUUCUGAGAAUUAAUAAAAUGAUCACCCAAGAGAAAAUUCCUUGAUCUAUUUUCAAAUUCUCUCAACUAAUUCUUUAAGGAAAUGUAUGGAGAUCAGUUUGGAGAAUAUGUAUGUUGAUACUGGGACUUAAAGGGUUAAAGGUAGCAGCCUCCUCCACUUCGGUGAAAUCAGUCUUUAUUUUAGCCCAAGUUAGAAAAUGUUCUGUCUUCCUUGUAGUAUAGCACAAUUUUUAGUUUUGGUCUCUUACAGCUGCACGUUGAUGUCAGUUUUCUAACUAUACUCUUUUCACAAUUUCUCUUUAUUCUUUCUACAGUACUAUCAGUGCGAUCCACAAGCUUUUGACGGUAUGUUGUUAUUUGAUGUGUACGCUUAUGUUGCAAUGCGCAGAAAAGACGGACGUCCACAAGCCAAUCACUUUCUCCUUGCUUGCAAAAUAUCAUAGGAGAGGGUCUGAACGGGUGUCGCGCUGUACAUCCCAGUAAGUAGUAUAAGGUGCACCGAAUGAACCCCUUUUUGAAGUAGAAUCUCAUUAAUGUGAAUUGGAAUGCAUUGAAGCCCAUGACGUUAUAUGCCGUAAUAGCCUUACGGAAACGGCUUUGACGACAUCGACGUUAAUUAUUCCUCCCCUUCUGUCCAAAAAGGGGUCUGUCCACCACUUUAAAUGUUGAUGUUACAGGUUAUUAUUAUUAAUUUUUCUUUCCUUUUUUUAUCUCAAUAGGCACAAAUGAACAAAAGAAAUUAGUCAUGGGUGGAACCGGCUGUAUGUGGGGAGAGUUUGUUGACGGAACUAACCUGCUGACAAGGACAUGGUAGGCUUAUCCCCUUCCCUCGCUUUCCACGGCAUCUUGUAACUUUCAAGUUUGAGCAUUUAAUAUAUUUUCUUGAACACCAAAACUAGCUCUUAUGCAGACAUUGCUUUCUUGCUUUUCACCUUGUGUACCCGCUCAUGUGGCGCCUUUUAUAUUGACCCACCGACGUUUCUGCCACCCUUUGUUAUGUCUGUAUAUAAUUAUAUAUAUAUUUUAUGUACUUUAACUGGCACGUUCACACGAAUCUGGAUAUUUUUAAAACCGCAUAAUUUAUAUACCGUAAAAUUCCGAAAAUAAGGCCCUCCAUGUAUAGGCCCCUCCAAAUAUAAGCCCCUCAAACUCGUAGCGCAAAAAACCCUCCGUUAAAUCGCCCCUCCAAAUAUAAGCCCCCCGGGGGCUUGUACUUGGAAAUUGCCCUCAAAUACAAAGUAAAACAAAGCAAAAACGGUAAAUUUACUUCCAACUAUAAGGCUGGCCCAAUCGAUUUUCAAACGCAAAUUUCCCUCCGUAGAUAAGCCCUUCCAAAAAUAAGCCCCUCAAAAAGGGCCUUUGAAAAUAUAAGCCCCGGGGCUUAUUUUCGGAAUUUUACGGUAUAUAAAGUUUUAACACACUGAUCCAUCUAACGACAACACGAAACCAGUGAACCCGCUCACCGAAACCGCAUCCUUUUGCAACCGCUCUCCAGAUUAGUUUUAGACUGUGCUAGGCUCUCGUUCAUUGUAGACGUGCGAAAAAAACGCGCGAGCAGCGAAAAAACGAGCGAGCGAAAAACGGCGGGGGAAAAAAAUUCUCUCUCCCCAGUCCUCACACGGUUUUCGCACUUUUUUUUCGAUCCGCUUUCCCCACUAUCUUAGAGCCUUGAACAGGCUAGAUUGGUUUAAGGCACCGUUCACACGACUCCGGGUAAAAGCUACGUGACGUCAAAAAUAUGCGAAUUGGUGUGGAAGGAGCCUGUUUAAUAACACUUUGUUCUGUAUUCUUUCAUUUUAGGCCUCGCGCCCUGGCAGUAGGAGAGAGAUUAUGGAGCGCUCAGUCCGUUACGGAUCUUACAGAUGCAGACAACAGGUUGUGGGAACAUCGCUGCCGCUACCUCAGGUAAAGGAAAGCUCCUAUUUUUCUUGUGGUAAAUUAAGAUUUCUCCAUUAGUAUUGUUCCAUCAUCCGUUCUCAUUAUUAAAGUCUGCAAGGAUAGUUUUAUUUCCCUUUGUAGUACGGACAGCUGGAAAAAUAUUCCUAGGUCUGAAGUGCGAGUAUCGAAACUUCGUAUAUCAGUCACUUGUCCAGGAACAGCAAAAUAUUUUGAUUUGUUAGGGUGGGUUUCCACUGUCGCGUUAUUUUCACGUUCGUGGGGAUGCAAAUUUUACGCGCGUAAAUAAAAUAGAGGCAGUGUAUGAAGUGUCAAUGCUUAAACGUAAAAGUUGUGUUGGGUUCAACUUUUAACCUACCAUGAUGGCGUUUAUUUUAUUCACGUGCGUGCGCACGUAAAAAUUACGCGACGUUGGAAAUCCACCUUUAGUGGGGAGCAGAUCGGCAGAGGAAUGCAGCUGAUCUGUGCCCCCUUUCCCCCCCUCCCCGGGAUAGUAUUCAGCUCCUAAAAACCUGUAAUUUCGAUCUGUGCCAUGAAAAGGGUCAUCAGCAAGAUAUUAAAGCAAAAUUCCUCUGUUGCGCGUGAAUAGAUCAUUAACCAUAAACAGUUACCUGCAGUGACGUAAUGAUUUAUAGACCAAUCAAAACCGUGGAAAUAAUAAUAAUAAUAAUAAUGACAAUAAUAAUAAUAAUAAUAAUAAUAAUAAUAAUAAUAAUAAUGAUAGAAGGUGGUAACUAACGGAGACCGGCAAGGAAGAUGAGACGGGGAUGGACUAAUGUGAGACCCCUUUUUCUAACUAAGUGUUUCUUCUUACAGGCGUGGGAUCCCAGCUGAGAAUGGAAUCCAGUCAAAGUAUUGCCGAUAUGAGUGGCCUGGCUUCUAAAAGGAAUGUUCUCGUUUCUGUACAGCAAUACAAUUGUCCGUGUUUUUUUCUUUUCAUAGAAUUAUUUUUGAAUUACACUUCUUUUUGUAGGAGAUAAGAUUUGAUAAAAUGUGCCUGAAUAUUUUUUACCUUUUUUACGCAAAUCGGUGAAGGAAGGUGAUAAAAAUGGCGAAAUGAUAAUUCAAAGAAUGGUGAAAUUUGCUUUGAUUCUUUUCUGUUUUGUAGUGGAAUGUAAACCUGUGUGAGCCGGCUACUUAAACGCCUUUGCAAAAGGAAAUAAGCAUAUUGUAGCUUCUGGUCUGUUUAAGUAGAUUUGACAUUGCAUUGUGGACGCUGGUUUUGUUCAUCAAGCGUCUGAGAUCACAUGUCCGUAUGACAGUAAACACUCAAAAAUUUAUAUAACGCAAACAGAAUAAUACAUGAAAUGAAGUAAACCUGUUCUGUCUGUCCAUUUGUUUUUCUGUGUUGUCCAUUGGUUAAGCUAGGG